CUAUAUUUGGUUGACUCGCCGGUGCUAGAGGGACUGCAGUGGUUUCCACCUCUGCUGACAAGGGGAAGCGGUCUCAAAAUGGGGAACAGUUUCUCCAACAUAUCCGCUUUUCAGUCUCUCCACAUAGUGAUGCUCGGCUUGGACUCCGCAGGGAAAACCACGGUGCUUUACAGGCUGAAAUUCAACGAGUUUGUUAACACCGUACCCACGAUCGGAUUCAACACGGAAAAGAUCAAGCUGAGCAAUGGUACAGCCAAAGGAAUAAGUUGUCAUUUUUGGGACGUCGGCGGACAGGAGAAACUCCGGCCCUUGUGGAAAUCGUACAGUAGGUGCACGGACGGCAUUAUAUAUGUCGUGGACUCCGUAGACGUGGAUCGGUUGGAGGAGGCAAAGACGGAGCUGCAUAAAGUGACCAAAUUCGCUGAAAACCAAGGUACGCCGCUGCUAGUCAUUGCAAAUAAACAAGACCUGCCUAAAUCUCUGCCUGUGGCGGAUAUAGAGAAACAACUGGCCCUCCAGGAGCUCACGCCUGCCACUACAUAUCACAUCCAACCAGCCUGUGCCAUCAUAGGCGAGGGGCUUCACGAGGGAAUGGACAAACUGUAUGAAAUGAUUGUCAAACGACGAAAAACCCUUAAACAGAAGAAGAAGCGAUAAGUCUGUGAGCUUGAACGUGCCAUUUACAUCGCUGAUGCCUUGAGGAGUUGUUGGGCAUGGCGUCUCAACGUUGCACUGAUAACGUUCAUAUGGAUUGAUGUUUGGAUUUAUGACAUUUCAGAUGUUGUGGUCGUGAGACGCAUGGAAUCGUGCAAGUGAUUUCAACAUCGAACCAAAACAAUAUGAAAACGAGUUUUAUAUAAAAGGGCUGGUCCCGUUUUAUUGUGCAUAGCCGGGUCAUCGUGAGUUUGAAGGAGUUCUCUACUGUGCACUGUGAAAAACACUGUAACGUUGAAAGAUGCCUGAUAUCAUGUUGACUGUUUUACAAUCUUUGGUAAAAUACAAAGUGAAAAACAUUGUAUGGAGAACUGUAGCUUCACAAUCCCAAAAUGAAUUUGGGGGUUGUGGAGCGUAAAAUAUGAAAAAGAUUGCUGUAACGUCACAAGGCCUGAAUGACUGUGGGCUCAUGGAGAUGUCUAGAAACUCUGAAGAACGUGUGAUGGAUUGGGCAUUGACAGCAACACAGUCCAUCUUUAAGCACUUUUUUUCUUACCAAGAUAGUAGUGUACGACACUGUAGAGCAGAUGUUAGACUGCCGGUGUACUGCAGAGUCAAAAUGAAUCCUGAAGUAUUUUUCAAUUAAAAUGUGUGGUAAAGAAAAUGCCUCAUUUUCUCUCGCAUUGAUUAGUGGUUUGCAUUAGUAAUCUGAGGAUUACAAGCAUUUAUAGUUAUGUUUCCAAAGGUAUGAAUGGAUUAUUUGGCUUCCUGAGAGGAAGCUGUUUUAAAAAGCUAAUUUAAAGGUCCAGUGUAUGAAAUGGCAACCAAUGGCUCAUUCCACCCCUACCCCCUUCUUUUUCGGAGCACUACGGUGGUUGACGCAGGACUAAGAUGUUGUCACGUUUUCUCUUCUUUACCUAAUGAGAUAACAGAUUUACGAAUGUAUUUACAACAUGACGGAUUCCAUGUAAGGGGACCCGCGGUGUAUGUAGAUAGAAAUAGCACAUUCUAAGGUAAUAAAAACAUAACAUUCAUUAUGCAAGCUGUUUAUACACCUCUGAAGACAUAGUUAUGUAUAUUAUAUUGCAUUUCUGUCAAUAGAUCCUCCGAAAAUUACACAUUGGACCUUUAAACUUUAAAGGGUGUGUUACCUUUUCAAAACAACAAUUAUCUUGGGUGGUUUCUGGCAUCAUCCUCUGGAUAAAUGAUAGCUUAAAUGCCAAGCUUUUAAAAGUACUUGUAGAUCAUUUAAAAUCAUUAUUCCACAUGUAGCUCUGAGGGCUUUAAGUUUAACAGGGCUUUAACCCGAAUCCAAAAUAAAAAAGUUUGAUUGUGUUGGGUUAGGUUAGGUUCCUUUAAGGAUGUGAGCUGUUAUCUACAUUUGGUUUUCUACCAAAACAAUUGUUUAACGAUUGACAUAUUUUUUUUACAAUUGGAUACCCAUGUCCUCUUUUCUAUGUCGCCAAACUGGAAUAAAUCCCUUUCCAGCCAUGCUGACAAUGGCGUCUUUCUGUCCCAUACAACUCUUUCAUCCCAAGAGGAAUAAGAUAGUGGGUCUAUAGAAACCCCCCCUACAAAGAAACCAGGCUGGUCACAUAC